GUUUGCCAAGCGAGCGGCUUCUUCUCUGGCACCAUACCCGCGGUUGUCCCCGCCGUUUGCCCGGAUCCCUCCUUCGGCGACGGCGUCGGGAGCACCUGCUCAAACCGCUCGGUGGGUGCCGAGUGCUGGGCAUACUGCCUCAAGGACUAUGUCGGGGUCGCACGACGAUACGAGUGCCACUUCAAUGCGACCGUCAGCGCCGUGGAAAUUCAGCACACGGGCGAAGCCAUUGCAUGCGAGCCGAACGCCACCACCGGCCGGCGCCUGGCGGCCACCAGCGCUUGCUCCCCCCAGUCGGCAGAGGCCGCAGGCUUGGCGCAGUUGCAGUUCACGCACAGCUGCGCCAGCCAGCAGCACGACGAGGUGUGCCUGGCACACUGCAGCUUGGGCUUCACCAUGACGGAGGAGACGCCUGCAAUCCUCGUCUGCGACAAUGGCGCCUUCGUUGGCGCGGCGUUGCCCACGUGCCACCUUGGCAGUUUGCGGCUCUUUUAG